UGGAGGUUGCGCCGCGAGUACGAUGUCGGAGAUGAACGAGCUGUCCGAGCUGUAUGAAGAGAGCAAUGACCUGCAGAUGGAUGUGAUGCCCGGCGAGGGUGACCUUCCGCAGAUGGAGGUAGGCGGCGGGAGCCGGGAGCCCUCCCCGAACCCCUCCCGCCACGGGGCCCAGCCGCAGCUGGAGGAGGAAGGCCCAAUGGAGGAGGAGGCGGCCCAGCCAAUGGCGGAGCCGCAGGGGGAACGAGGCCUUGCUCCCCGGCCCAGCCCGGGGGAGCAGCCGGGCCAGCUCGCCGGCCCUGACUUCGAGAGCGAGGACGAGGGUGAGGAGUUUGAUGACUGGGAGGACGACUACGAUUAUCCGGAAGAGGAGCAACUGAGCGGUGCCGGCUACAGAGUAUCCGCGGCCCUGGAGGAAGCCAACAAGAUGUUUCUGAGAACGUCCAGAGCCAGAGAAGCAGCCCUGGAUGGCGGGUUUCAAAUGCAUUACGAGAAGACCCCGUUUGAUCAGUUGGCGUUUAUCGAAGAGCUUUUUUCACUUAUGGUUGUCAAUCGCCUGACCGAAGAACUCGGCUGUGAUGAGAUUAUUGACAGAGAGUGAUUACAUGCUGUUAAAAGAGGAGGAAGCUACUUGAGGAGAGACCCGACAUUCCACGGUCUUUUGGGCUCAUUCCAGAUAGAUAGUAACGGUGCCAAGGAAAAAAGUCGAUCUUCAAAGAAAAUUUUUGUUGUUGUUGUGCAGAGUAGAAUAGGGGCAGUGACUGCGCUCUUAUGAAAGCAUUGUUGGAGAAGAAGAAGAAACAUAUCAGGACUGUGGAAAUC